AUGCUUUCGGCACUAUCAGCACCCAGUGUAGCGGCGACGGGCCCUACUCCAGUCAUCGUGGCUUCUGGUGGCUACGACGACAUUGCCGACAACGGAUCCAGCAGUUUGAGCGAACUCGGAGACGCGUCGGACGAUCAAUCAGAACCAACGCCUCGACCGACAACAGCUGGCGAAAUGGACGACGACGAUUCCGAGGCCGAGACGGAACGCCUAGAAAACACUCCUCGAAAACUUGGGCGCACGGCCACAGAUACGUCAUUGGCGGAAGCAUUGUACACAAGAACACCAAGCAAGCUGAUGCAUUCACGGACAGUCGACCAGGACGAAUCGGCCCCACCUACACCUUCUGUCAUGACCGACGAUGCGGAUGCGACUCUCGACGAUGCGGUCGACGCAGACAAUCCUCUCCACUCAUUGUCGUUGAUUGCUGCUUCCGAAGCUGCCAGCCUGGAAUCUGUUGGGAAGAAGCGAAAGCGUACAAGCGCAGAGGGCAGCCCUGUUGAAGAGCCAGAAGAGGAUGAACCUGCACGCAAGCGUAGCGGGACUGCGAAUCUUCCAGCAGCUAAUGGCUCGCUUGCUGGUGUGACCGACAGCGCUGAGCAAGUAGACAUAGAUGAGGAGCUCGAAGUUGCCGAGGAGCGCCUAUCACAGCUCGCACACGAGGAGAUGGAGCUUGAGCAAAGACAGGCCAACAUCGCAGCUGAGACCGUUGGCGAGCUGGCGACAGUCGCAAAACACACGAAGCCACGGAAAGGUGGACGACGAGGCAAGCGGAAGGCCGAAGACCCUUUUGCUCUAAGCGAGCAGUUUGUCGGUGGAGAAGCUCAGGAUGGCGAAGGCGAGGAAGAGCACGACGAAGAGCAAAGCGCAGCCCAAGACGAAGAAGUCGCCAAGAAGAAGAAUGCGAUCGACGAGCUUGCAAAGAUCGAGAAGAAAUUCAAACUAUUCCGGGAAAAGCUGUGUGACGAGCAAAUAGCGCAACACGAACGAGAGCUCGAGAUGCUCAAGCAGCCCAGCUGUGUCCACCCUGAAUAUCUGGCGAUGAUGAAGUGCAUAGACGAUCGGCGAGCAGAAAAGAUCGCGUACGAGACAAAGCUUCUCGAAUACAAGCAGAAGAAUCUGGAGAUUAUAACCAUAGCAGAACGGCAUCAGAUGCAUAGUCAGUAUAUCCAGACGGUCCGACACGUUCGCGAGGAGAUCCUCGAAGAGUGCAACCAGCGAGUGUUUGAGCUGCAACGAGGAAGGCGAUCACUGGGCUGCGAUGACACGCAGUACAUGAUCAAACUCCCAGAGAAGCGUUCAGAUCAAAUACGGCAUCAGACGGCGUACAACCUCGAGGUCUCUAUCCUCUCUGGCGUUGCCAAGUACGUUGGCUUCCCAGCAGCACCGAAUAUCAGCACGGCGCGCCCCGUGGACAUCGAUGACGAUUUCCGUUCAAUGAAGGUAAGUCGCUGA